UUUUUGACAGUCAAGAGAAAACAAAAAUAAAAAUACCUACUACAAUUUUCUUCAUGUGAGAUACUGUGCUUCGUUCGAUUUCUUGGAUUUUUAACGAAAUUGAUCGCGUUUUCUUAUAAAAACAAUUGAUUCAAAGGCUUCUUUCUAUACAUGGUGCAUCAUUAUCGUCAGAUCGUUGUGAACGUGACAUAUUGGCGACGAAUUAUGUUGAAAAACAAGUGUGACGUCACAAUUUUUAUCAGCUGAGGAGUCGGAUAGUGCAAAGAAAGGUCGGAACAAAACAAACAAUAUGGGAGGCGCCGUGAGCUCGGGCAGGGAUAAUAACGAGUUGAUCGACAACCUAGUGAGCAGCAACUACAUCCGGUCACGGGAUGUGGAGCGAGUGUUCAGGGCGGUGGACCGCGCGGAUUACAUGACGCGGGAUGCACGGGACCAGGCCUACAAAGACCUGGCGUGGCGGCACGGCCCACUGCACCUCUCCGCGCCCUGCAUCUACAGUGAAGUGAUGGAAGGUCUGGAGCUGUCUGCAGGGCUGUCUUUCCUGAAUGUGGGCUCAGGUACAGGAUACCUCAGCACCCUGGUGGGGUUGAUCCUGGGCUCCAGCGGCAUCAGUCAUGGGGUGGAAGUGCACCCCACGGUGAUCGAAUAUGCUAACAAAAGGCUCGGACAGUUCAUAGAAAACUCUCCAGUUUUGGAUGAGUUUGAUUUUUGUGACCCUAAGUAUUAUCAAGGCAACGGACUGUGCAUAGCACCAUUGGGGGCACCCUACGACCGCGUCUACUGCGGUGCCGGCUGCCCAGAGGAGUACCAGAAUUACUUCAAACAACUCAUCAAGGUGGGUGGUAUCCUAGUGAUGCCGCUGAACGACAACCUAGUCCAGGUAAAGAGAGUCGGCGAGUCCGAGUGGACAUCGCGCAGCGUCCUCAACGUUUCGUUCGCGACGCUGCGCGUGCCCACUAAGGAGGAGGCUGGGGAUCUUAUUAGAUUGGAAGAGCAGUGCCCGGCGCGUCUCCAAACCCUCUGCCGCGGCAUGGUGCGCGCGGCGCUGCGCGGCGGCGUGUGGCGGCGCCACCCCGAGCUGCGCGCGCCGCCGCCGCGCCCGCCGCCCGCCAAGAAGCCGUGCCCGAGGCGGAUCUGUAUACCCAUUGAGGACGAGAGUGAUGUUGAGGGCUUAAAUGCACUACACGACCUGGAUCGCAACGGCGGCGCGGGCGAGAUGAACGCCUUACUAUCCUUAGUGCUGAGCAUGGGCCCGUCCCGUGUGGCCGGCGCCUUACGGUUCGACGCGCCGUCCGACGAUACGUCUGAUGACAACCCUGAUGACUCCACCGACCAGCGGGCCGACGACGCUAGCCCGCCCCGCUCGCCCGGCUCGCCGCGCAGCGUUUCCGAGCCGGAGUCGGGGGCGGGGGCGGGGGCGAGGGCGGGGGCGGGGGCGGUGGCGAGGGCGGGUGCGGGUGCGGGGGCGGGGGGCGCGCGCUCGCGCUCGUGGGGCCGCGCCGAGCGCCGCCCCUGCCGCGGCAUGCUCACCUUCGAGCUCCGGGACGAGGAGAGGCCCAGGACUGCAGCCGAUGACGCUGCCCCUGAACCGGAACCAGUCCCAUCAGCCAGCAGAACAGAGUCCACCUCAGCAGCUGACAAAACACUCGACAAAGACAGCACGCCCGAACGCGACACGAGAAGCGACGGCGACAUAGACAGGACACGCGACAGGAGCCAGACGCGCGACAGUGACAGGACCAGGACUGAGAGGAGGGAUAGGCGUAGACGACGCAGGGACGGGCACAGCGAUGAUGAGCAGGAUGAAAUGCCGGCUGAGGUCGAGAUAUACUUGGGAAAGAUGGGUGGUAGUGAAGCCACGACAUCCCGGGAGAUGGACUGGGAUGCGGACGAGGAGGAGGUCGAGGACGACGAACCGGAGGAGGACACCGAGACCGAGCAUGCGAGCCUCGAAGCCGACGGCGAGGCCGAGGCCGGCUCGUCGGGCAGUGCCGACAAACCGCCGAGGCAGAAGCUAGACAGCGGUAUCGGUGAAAUGACGCCUUCAGCGGAUUCCUCCCCGAUCAGCACGGGCUACGAGGCCGGCAGCUCGCGCCGCUCCGGGCAGGACUCCGACGCCGGCUCCAGGACCGCAGGCCGCCGCCGCCGCCAAAAGCGCCACUUCACGCGGCGCUCCUCGGGCUCCGGCGACUCCGGCACGUCGGACUCCUCCGGCGCCCGCCGGCACAAGCGCCGCGCCUCGGACGGAGGCGACGCCCGGCGCGUGCGGCUCUCUAUACUUAUGAAGAGGUCCGUUAAGGAGUUACCGCUGCCAUAUGCGCUUAAGAAGUAUGUCAAUCUAGGGCGGUGCUUUGAAUUUUAGGUCUCUUUACUGGAAAUAUGCUAGAUGUUAUGCUAAGAAAGUUCUCAGCCAGUUAAGUCACUACCGAAUACCACUAUCUUCAGGAAAAUUACUAAAUCAGAGCGAUAUAACUCGUAACAUUGUUAAGAUAUAGCCUCGUGAAAGUCAGCUGUCGCUCCGGUGACGGCACGGGCUCGCCGACGGGUCGUCGUCACAAGCGACGCGCUUCGGACGGAGCACACGACGACGAGGUCAGUUAAGGGUCUACCGCUGCCGUAUGCGCUUAAGAAAUACGUUAAUCUUGGGCGUUGCUUCGACUUUGGUCUACUGAAAACACGCUCGAUCCAUUAGAUGUUAUGCUAGGAGCUAAGAAAGUUCUCAGCCGCUGUUUUGAGUUAUCACUACAAAAAAAAAUACCACUAUCUUCAGAGAAAAGUACUAAAUCAAGAGUUUUUCUCGUAAAGUUGUUAAAUGUGUAUAAUGUAGACUCGUCAACGUCAGCUGCCGCUCCGGUAGAUUAUUUCAUUCGAUCCCGCAAUUUUUCGAAAUAUAAGCAACGAUUUGUAAAAAUGAUAUAAUCGAGUAACUAAACUAUUAAGCGUCACUUGCACCAUCCCACUAACCCGGGGUUAACCGGUUAAACCGACCCAGUGUCAAAUUGUACUGGUAACCAACCUCCAGAUUUAACCGGUUAACCCCGGGUUAGUGAAUGGUGCAAGUGACCCUAAGUGUAACAAUAAAAUUAGCUCAGUAAAGUAAUUCUUUCGUUAAUGUGAUCAUGUCGCAACUCGGAAUGCCUGUAUAAAGUUACUGUACUGCUUAUAUUUCUAUUGUGUCAGUACUGACUGGUUGUUCCGGACGCUCCAUACGACAUACGACUUUAAACCAUUGUAAGAGAGUUGAAUUUUGCUUGUACGGAACGUCUGAAGCUCAAUGUUUGGCGGGUAUCACACUGGAUGCGAUUCGCACGUCGCUCCGAUGUUUGAGAGAGAAAACGCUAUGCGCGUAUUAUAGCGACAUCUCGCUCGCACAUCGCAGUGUCGCAUCCACGUAACCGCCUUAGUCAUUUAUUUUUUGAAUUAGCGCUGUAUAAGUCGUAUUAAAUUGAACGUUAUUUUAUAAUAUUAAGGUCUGUUUUUCAAGGCUAACGAAGAAAUGUUAUUCAAAAUCAACUAUUAAUUGAAUGUGGCCGUUGUAAUUAUAAUUUUGUAUAUUAUUAUUUUUAUAUUUUGUUUUGUGUCACAUUUGAAAGUAGGGGAUUGUUUAAUGUGUCUAGUCUAGGUUAGGUGUAAAGGUCUUUCUUUCUAAGAUGGUUUUUCGAAAAAAAGUAAAUGGUACCAUUUUUUUCUGAAAACCCCCUUAUUGUUGUAAUUAUAUUAACUGUCAUGUCUUGCAUGUAAUGGGGUUGGCCGGUCGAAAUAAUUAGCAGAUGGCGCCAGCAUAGCUUGCCCUGUCAGUCCCUAGAAUUGUGUCAAAUUUUUGUUUUUUUAAUGCCCUGGAUGCCAGCCCUUUAAGCUAAAUCUCAUAGAAAAAGGAGCAAGCUAUGAUGGCGUCAUCUCUGCAAAUCUUUGACAGUUGCCAACCGCAUUAACAUGGAGACUAUAUAAAGGAGCCAAAUCUCUAUGUAUGAAAAGUGUCCAUCAAAAAACAGUAAUUAGGCGGCGCCACAAUACACCGAAAUACUACCAAAAACAACCUACGUAAUUUGGUCGGGUUAUUUGUUGCCUUAUAUGGUUCAUGUUAUACUCAUGUCCCAGAGCCUAACUAGCGCCACCGGAGAGAUUAGGAACUAUUAUUUAAAGCUGAAAGCGGUCACUUUUGCAACAAUUCUGCCAUAAGAGAUUGGCAUCCUUUCUAUACCAUCCAUACCCAUUAAAGGUGAAUUGUGGGAAAGAAAACUUUUGUGUUUAUGAUUUUUUACCGUUAUACAGUGAAAAAUUAAAUGACAUUUAAAUUUAAUUAUUAAGUUAAAUGUCAUCGCUAGUAAAGUGUAAAUCAAUAAAUUGUUGUGAUGUGCAGGCUUUACGGGCAAGCUUCGUGUUUUGUGCAUUAGAGAAAGGGUAAGCAAUCUUGAUGUGUUUUUUUUUUAUUGAAAAACACUUGAAAAAUAAUUCACAGCAAAUAUGUAAUUAUAUAGCAUACUAGCUUUUGUACGCGACUUCGUCUGCUUGGAAUUAGUAAUUUGGGUACCUUAAUUUUUAAACAAAUCUGCUUUUUAAUCCAUCCUUUUUCACCCCCAAAUUGGUCCACACUAUACAUUUCCACCCCAUUUUUUACACCCUUAAGGGAUGAUUUCGGGGAUAAAAGUUAUUCUAUAUCAUUUCCCACAGCUCAAAGUAUCCCCAUACCAAGUUUCAUCUAAAUCGGUUCAGCGGUUAUUGAUUCCCCAUACAAAUUUCCACCCCCCUUUUCACCCCCUUGAGGGGUGAGUCCUGGGAUAAAAAGUAUCCUAUGUCCUUCCCCGGGACUCAAACUAUCUGUAUACCAAAUUUCAACUAAAUCGGUUCAGCGGUUUAAGCGUGAAGAGGUAACACACAGACAGACAGACAGACAGACUUUCGCAUUUAUAAUAUUAGUAUGGAUAUGAUUAUUUACAUUAUUUUGGUUUCAUGAGUAAUAAUUACUGAUUUUAAAGCGGGUUUCAAUAAAAACACACGUGAAGAUUGUUUACCCUUUUUCUAAUGCUAAAAAGAAUGAAGUAACCUAACCUAACCUAAGACGAGGUAGUCAGGCGAUCAUUAUUUGUAUGUACUAUGCGACUUACUUGAAGAAAUAUUCAAAUACUUAAAAAAUACUUGAGGCUCGAUGUACACAUUGAUUAGUGUUAAGUAACUUAACACACACUUAACACUAAUCGAUAUCAUAGAGUAACUUAUACUAGAGCGGUACUGUCAUAGUAAAUUUUGUAACCCCAGUAAAUUCACUGCCAUCUGUCGACAUACUUUAAAACUAAAAAUGAAGAUUUAUAAAAAUACGUUAAAAUGUAUUUAAAUAUGGAUAAAUGAUUUUUUUAUUUGCAUUAAUUAUUUUUAUAUGAUUUUGACCCAUGUUUUUUCAAUGCUAUGCGUUAAAAUUAUAAAUAACAAACGAAACCGUCAUCGCCCUCUAUACGAGAGGCCAAAACUAGUGGCGCCAUCUGAUCGAGAAUCAAAUUUUCUUGAUUUUCGAGGCACGUUUUUUCCUUAGACUGUAUCCAUCUAUUACGGAGUUAUAUCUAUCUUUGGUGUUAACAAUAAUUAAUGUGUACAUCGGGACUUACAUUUUGAUUAUUUUUUUGACGGAUGUCAGUAGGAAUAUGACGAAUAAUAAUUGCUUUUUCAGGUCCAAUUCAGCACGAAAGAGAUGCAGCUAUUUGAUAUAAUAAGAUAGUAGUAUUCAUUAAAUUUUAUCAGAUAGCUGCGUCUUUGUCUGCUAUGAAAAUGGCCUUUUAGACUGAAUGUGUUAUAUUGUAUCGAGGUUUAUACUUAUGUCCAGAGUUGUUAAUAGUAGAAGAGGUGUAAAAUGUAAGAUAAAUUAUUACCUCAGAUAUGACAGCUAAAGUAGAUGUCCUUGCGGUAUAACUUUAGUUGUUAACUUGACGUUAGACAAUCCAGCUACAGAUGUAGUGCAUAAUUUUCCAUCGUAUUUUCUCGGAAGUUCAUAUUUGUCAUGCUACUUCAGUCAAACUCAGUACUUAUUGUACCGAGACUGACUGAAAUGGCAAGACACGUUCGUACGUUUCCGUGAAAAUACGAUGGAAAAUACUGCAGGUCCCAUAUUGGGAUACCCUCCUACAAUUUAGGAGGGAAUUAAAUCUUCUCGGGUCCGUGGUGUAGGGUUGGAGCCGGCGUAGUUUUUAUCGCGUAUAUAUAUAUAUAUAUCUACUUGAAAAUAAUUGUAGUGUAUAACUAGCCUUAUGAACCGAUUUUGCAUGUACAACCAGCCUUAAAGUUUAUAGUCUAUGAUUGUUCAUUAUUUUAGUAUGUGGGUAUUUUUGCACUUUGUAAUUUUUCCUCAGUCACCCGUUGACCACGAACGCUGUAAAGGGUUCGAAACGUCGGGAUGUAUUAUAAAUUCAAUAUACGCGAUAUAUCCGUUUUCAUAGUUUUAUUUCAUGAGUAACUAUCGCGGUAACCGUAGACAAUAUUACGAUGGAAAAUAAUUAUGCCUACAUAUGUAGUGCAGUACAGCUCCAUCUAGUUGGGCUGUCAAACUCAAGAUUCUUUAGAUUUUACACUUGUUCUACUGUUUAUAACUCUUUUUAUGUCUGCGCGCGAGCGUUAUAAUGUUGACUUUAGUUCUGUAAUUGUAAGGUUUAAUAAAAAAUAAAAAGUUCCAAUUUCA